GAUUAAUGCUACUAUAUUUGGGCAAUUGUGGAGAUUAGAGCCUAUACAUGAGGAGAAGAAAUCCAUGUGGAAAAGAGAGAUGGAGUGGCUUGUUAGUGUUAGUGACCACAUUGUUGAAUUGAUACCCUCUUGGCAAAAUUUUCCAGCUGGAAGUAAGCUUGAGCCUCCAAUCAAUCCAAACCAAUCUACUACAAAGUCAUCAUGGGAAAUGGUAAAAGACCUAAUGGUUGAUGGAGACCAGAGAGAAUUGCUAGCAGAAAGAGCCGAAAAUCUCCUGCUUUGCUUGAAACAAAGGUUCCCUGGUUUGACUCAAACUGCCUUGGAUACCAGCAAAAUCCAGUGCAACAAGGAUGUCGGAAAGUCCAUUCUUGAAAGCUAUUCAAGAGUUCUGGAAAGCCUGGCAUAUAACAUUGUGGCACGCAUUGAUGAUUUGUUAUAUGUAGAUGACUUAACGAAGCUUUCAGAAAAGUUGGCAUCGGUUCCUACAGUUAGUGUAAUUGCACACAAAAAGGUUUCAAUCCCAUAUUCUGUGCCUGCCUCGAGCAGUCCCUACAAAACAGCAAUCACCACACCAAGUUUUUCACCUGCACCACUGAUCAGCCCUGCAAAGGGAGAGAGAACUCCAUUUCUCAAGGAGAACAACAACAACAACACGACCAACAACAACAGCAAGCCUCACCGCCGUGGCUUUGGAGUGAAGAGGGUCUUGACUAAUUAUCUUGGAGUUGAUUCAAAAGCAAAGUUAUGUGGCAAUCCAACAGAUGGUUCAUCAAUUCUGAACUCAAACAGUACUGAGAGCUCAGGGAAUCAAAAGGAUCAAGUUAUAUCAAAACAAUCAUCAGCAUACCAGAAUAGGUUGAGAAUGCGAUAAAAUCCUCCGCGAUAUACUGUCACUUGAGAUUUUCUGAGAAGAGGAAAAGAAUAAGGUAUGACAAAUAGAAUACUUAAUAACGGAAAACUUCUGGUUGUAGCAAAAUACUGAUGUGUACGAGUUAAAUUUUAUAUCGUUUUGGUUGUGUUACUGAUUCUUGUAGUUCAUUUGAAGCAGCUGCUAUUUAUAUCAAAGCAGUUUACUGUUUUUUAGGAUGUUAACCGUGUGUAACUGAGAUGACAUAAAAUAUAGCCAUGAGAUGUUUGUUCGCAUUUUCUCUUCUGCUUAUUGUGCAUAAAUGGUUACCAUAAAAGUCAAAGGGAAAACCAUAAAAAUGGGGGCAUUCCGAAAAUUGAACUCGGGACCUCUCACACCCUAAGCGAGAAUCAUACCACUAGACCAAAUGCUCUUAUUACCGAAUCCAGAAACAGAAGUAGAAAGAAUGUUGUAUCCAAGACAGAAGAGGGCUGCACAGGAACAUCCAAGGAGAAAGCCGAAGUUAAACUACAAUGACUUUUCAAAAUGGCAUUGCUAGCUUAAACUACUAUAAUCAAAUGCAUUUGGAUUUUGAGAAGUUAAAAAUCCAACAUAGCAUACUUGAAUUUCAUAACUCUCCAAAAAGAAAGAGGAAGCACUGGUUAUGAUGGCCUCAACUACAUACGUAAUUCAUGUGGAGAAUAAAAAAUUGGACUUUCUUUGGUGUAAGAAAAUCACAAGCUAUUGAAAAAGAGUCAAAUCCAUA